UUGAUUAGUCUCAAAUCACUCUCUCAAAUUUUCAAAUUCCCCACAGCUUGAAUUCCCCCAAAUUCACAACAAACAAAACCUGCAUUUUCAAAUUCCCCCAAUUCUUCAACAAUCAAUCUCUCAAAAUCGUCUCGAUUCCACCGCCGAUGCCGGAGAUCAACGGGGCGUCAAGCUCCGCUCGCGCCGCCUCGACAAUGGCUCUGUCGCCGGAGAAUGCUCUGUUCAACAAAUACGAGGUCGGCAAGCUGCUCGGCUGCGGCGCCUUCGCCAAGGUCUACCACGCGCGCGACGUCGCCACCGGCCGCAGCGUCGCGAUCAAGGUGAUCAACAAGAGCCGCCUGAACAACAGCGCGACGCUGAUCAACAACAUCAAGCGCGAGAUCUCGAUCAUGAGCCGCCUCCGCCAUCCGAACAUCGUGAAGCUGCUCGAGGUGCUCGCGACGAAGCGGAAGAUCUUCUUCGUUUUGGAGUUCGUCAAAGGCGGUGAGCUCUUCGCGAAGGUCGCCAAGGGCAGAUUCGCCGAGGAUCUGGCGAGGAAGUAUUUCCAGCAGCUCAUCUCCGCCGUCAGCUACUGCCAUUCCAGAGGCGUCUACCACCGCGAUCUGAAGCCGGAGAAUCUGUUACUCGAUGAGAAUUGCGAUUUGAAGGUCUCCGAUUUCGGUUUGAGCGCGCUUUCCGAUCACGUGCGAUCCGACGGAUUACUGCACACGCUCUGCGGCACGCCUGCCUACGUGGCGCCGGAGAUCCUCGCGAAGAGAGGCUACGACGGCGCGAAGGUGGAUGUGUGGUCGUGCGGCGUCGUUUUGUUCGUCCUCACCGCCGGUUACUUGCCGUUCAACGAUCCGAAUUUGAUAAAUAUGUAUAAGAAGAUCUACAAAGGCGAAUUCCGGUGCCCUAAGUGGAUUUCGCCGGAUCUGAAACGAUUCUUCUCUCGAUUGCUCGACACGAAUCCUCAAAUCAGAAUCUCAAUCGAUGAAAUCAAGCUCGAUCCGUGGUUUAAAAGCGGUUACUCGGAGGUGAAAUCGGAGAGCAUCACCAAUUUGACAAAUCCGGAAGAGAGGAAAACUCAGGAUCUGAACGCGUUUGACAUCAUCUCCUUCUCCCGGGGACUCGACCUCUCCGGAUUGUUCGGCGCGAAAUUCGCAGCGGCGGAGGACGUCGACCGUCUCACGGCGGAGGAGCGGCCGGAGACGGUGCUGGAGAAGGUGGAGGAGGUGGUGAAGGCGGAGAGCGGCGGCCUGCAGCUGAGGAAGACCAAGGAGUGCGGGGUGGAGCUCGAGGGGCAAAAUGGUGAUUUCGUAGUCUCGCUAGAGGUUUUCCGGUUAACAGACCGGUUGGUUGUGGUGGAGGUGAAACGGAAGGCCGGAGACGCCACCGCUUUCGCCGGAUUGUGGAAUGAGAAGAUUAGACCGGUGAUUUUGCGGCGGCCGGAGGUGGAAGUUUCCGGCAGCAAUUAGUUUCCCAUUCGUCCUACUUUUUGUUUGUUGUUUGAAUAUAAGUGCUUAUUUUAAUCGUUUUAUAUUCUUUUUUGGGUAUUCAACAACCGUGUUUGUAAAUUAAUAUUUCAGUAAUUAUUGAAAGUGUGUAUAGUUGAUUUGAGAAAAUGUAAAGAAGUUAGGUAAAUUUGGGUUUUGAUAGAUUUUGAAUAUAGUUGUGUUGUGUGUU